GAACAAAGACCCACCAAACCACCACCACCUUAUUCUAUUACUGUCACAGACAACUCUUCUUGGCCUUCUAUCCCAACCACAGCAGCGAUGCCUUACUUCUCUUUGGUAUUAUCUUAGAAUGGGAAUAAAUAUGAACGAUAAUAUUCAUGCUCCAACAGUGGCCUCCGGUCCUACAACGACCGGAGGGUCUGACCGCGACCCGGCCAAGCUCUCCAUGGUCGAAUUGAUGCAGGAAAAGGAACGUAUUGAAGAGGAACUUUCGGCAUUAAGCAGUGUCCUUACAUCUCACGGUGUUAACAUGAAUUCAUCGCUCACAACCUUCGACGACUUCCCACGAGCCGAUAUCGACGUUGCCCAGAUCCGCACAAUACGCGCGAAAGUUAUUCGACUUCGCUACGACCACAAAGAGGUCAUGAAAUAUCUCGAGAAAGGUAUUCACGAUCAUUUUUCGAAUCUUCAACGCGCGCAAGGCGAUACAUCUUCUGUCAGUAAUACAAAUGGGUCUAGUGGAAUACAAUUCAAUUUGACUGGCAAUUCUUCGUCGGAAGCCACGAUACUUGGGCCACCAUUCGCAAGAGUGAACAGUGUCGCAGCCGCAAGUCCUGCGGAUCAGGCUCGCCUGAAGGCGGGAGACAAGAUACGCAGUUUCGGGACCAUUAAUUGGGUUAACCAUGAGCGUCUCUCCAAGGUGGCUGAAUUGGUCCAACAAAACGAAGGGCGUACUUUAAUCGUCAAAGUUCUCAGGCAAAAUGGGAGUGAUGCCACAGAACUGGACUUGGAGCUUGUGCCACGACGGGACUGGGGUGGCCGUGGUUUAUUGGGCUGUCAUCUUGUUCCUUUGUGAUUUGAAGACAAAGGCCUUUGUAUUUGACGAGGCAUGCGAUAUGGUUGUUGUUAAUGACUAGAGUUGUUUAAUGGGACAAGCAAGAAGGCAUCACAACGGAGUUACUAAUUAGGAUCAAUGACGAUGACUUGAAUACUUUUACGAAAAACAUCAUGGCGGAGGGCCCCG